AUGGCCCCUCGACAGCUCAAGAAGCUCCAGGUCGGCGUUGUUGGUAUCGGUCGCAUGGGAAGACGCCAUGCUCUUAACAUCCUUCAUCUGACACCACGUGCAGAUCUCCUUUGCGCUUGCUCCCCUGCUCAAAGCGACCUUGACUGGGCAGCAGAAGCCAUUGUUCCUUAUGGGACCAAAGUAUGUGCUACUUUCGAGGAAAUGAUCGAGGUCCGUGGUCUCGAAGCUGUGAUUAUUGCUUCGGCAACCGCCUUGCAUGCAAGUCAGAGUCGGAUUGCUAUGGAGCGAGGGAUCCAUGUGCUCUGCGAAAAGCCCGUCACAUUUAGCCUAGAGGAAGUAAUUAAACGCGAUUGUCGAACAAUCGCGUCGGGUCCUGGCACCAAAAUCAUGGUCGGCUUCACCCGACGUUUUGACGAUAGUUACAAGGACGCGCGACAGAAAAUCCAAGCGGGACUAAUUGGGCAGCCAGUUGUCUUCCGCUCCCACGGUGUCGAGGAGUUCGAUAAUAGCGGCUUUUUUAUCAAUUACGCCCGAGUCAGCGGUGGGAUUUUCGUGGAUAGCACUAUCCACGACAUUGAUCUUGCUCUCUCCUUCUUCGGUGAGGACAUCCAGCCAAAGAAGAUCUGGGCUGCCGGCGUUGUCGUGAAGUAUCAUGAAAUGAAGGAAUUCCACGACUCUGACAACGCCGUCGGCGUCGUGGAGUUUUGGGGAGGCAAAAUCGCCCAGUUUUACAAUUCUCGAACGGGCAGCUCAGGAUACGACAACACGACAGACAUCUUCGGCACAGAGGGAAAGAUUUCAAUCAAUUCCAACGCCAGGAAGAACCGAGUUGAGAUCACUGGCGCUACGGGGGUUAGGAACGAGACCCACGGAGGGUGGAUCGAUCGAUACGAAACUGCGUUUGUCAACGAGGUCAAUGAAUUCACGGCCGCCAUCCUGGAUAAGACUGAGCUUCCCAUAAGGCUCGAUUCAGCAGUGAGCUCCUUGAAGAUUGCGCUGGCUCUUCAAGAAAGCUUAGUAUCCGGCCAUCCUAUCCGGUUUGAUCAGAAUGGCGAGAGAAUGUCCAGCCCCAGUGCAGUCUUAUGA